UGUAUGGUCUUAUCUACCCAGUCAAGUACAGUAGAACCUUCCUUGGUCAUUAAAAACAAGUCACACCAUUCUGCAGAGACAAGUUCACUUCGAAUUUCCUGGGAGGGAUAUUGGAAUUUGGAUCAACAAACUGUGUUGGACUGUUUAAGGCCAGACGGGGUGCUUAUGUUGCAUACACCUAGUACAGCUAGUAGAUGCCUCUCAUACGACAACACACAGUUCGCAUUCGACAUGUGGAAUAGACUUGUUCAGACCAUGCUGAUUGAAAGACUGUAUGGCAUAGAUAGAAUAGCAAGAAAUUUCAGCAGACCAGAAAGUGGCAUAUUUGGAGCCAUUAUCUCGUACCUUCUAAAGAAAGUCAACCAGCCUUUUGAAAGAAAUGCUGUCAAACAUCUUGACGUCCGGCCCAAUCAUACUGUCCUUGAAAUCGGCUUUGGACUCGGUUACGGAAUCCAGCAUGUCCUCGAUAUCAUUAAAGAAGGAGACGGUUCUGUUCAUGGCCUGGACAUCUCAGACGAAAUGGUCAGAAGAACGACGAGACGUUUCCAAAAGGAAAUCAAGGACAAAAAGGUCAACAUUUGCAUUGGGGACGUGGCAUCCAUGCCUUAUGAAGACAACACAUUUGACAGAGUAUUCCAUACAUGUUCUUACUUCUACUGGCCAGAUAUGGAUGAAGCAGCCAAGGAGAUCUACAGGGUGAUGAGAAAAGACAGCGUCAUGGUUACAAUAAUGGUGCCUGAUAAGCUAAAAUGGGCAGUGAAAUACGGAGCGCUGAAAUAUGGAGACCCAGAUCAAACACGCUAUAUUGACGCCCUGAGGAAAAAUAACUUUGUUGAUGUUCAAGUACAGGAUUUUUAUGACGCAGAGGAUUGCCAGCACCCAUGGUACCAGGCGACUUUUGCCUAUGUGAAGAAGAAAUGAAUCUUUCUUUAUUAUAUCAUGUUUAGGCAACGCCAAUUUAAUAUUUUGGAUAGCGGCCUGAAAGAACCUAUCCGCUGAAUGUGGGGAAACUAACUUCAUACCACCCACCAACCAGUGUCAAAAGUCACGUGUUGACACUAACACGUGAAUUUUAUAGUGAAAAACACUUGUCUGGUUUGAAUUUCAUUGAUAUAGAAAACGUAAGUUUCAUUUACCCCAUAACCCCAACAAGUUAGUGCCCGUCAUUUCGGUGCCUGACAUUAACAUUAGUAAUUUUUUUCGCGGACACUAAUUUUUAUUACACAGUUGUAUCAGAUUCCAUUGAUUUUUGAAAUUGACCCUAAGUGUUUUUUAGGUACAUGUAUUUUAAUUUGCGACUGCAAUGGGGAAUAGAACUGUGAUGGGCACAUAUUUCAGUAAUUCUUAUAUAAAAGCCCUACUCAUAAUUUUAAAGCCCCAGCACAUAAUUUAUUCCAGACUUUAUCUAUUAAAUGUAUGUAAAAGAUGUAGAAGCUGAAUAAAAGUAGGAUAGAAAUAGCAAA